CUCAUUAACUAGCUGCAGGAAAGCAGUAAGGUCAUGGAGAUUUUCAAACAUCUUAUAUAUGCAGUAAUAUUGCUUCUUGUUUUUGUUCUUCUGCAUCUUGUUCGCACUCAGGACCAAUCGGGCUUCAUUAGCUUAGAUUGUGGGCUCCCAAAAGAUACCCGCUAUACAGAGCCAACAACAAAAAUAGAAUAUAUUUCUGACGCACCCUUCAUUAGCACAGGCAUAAGCAAAAGCAUCUUGCCAGAACAUAAUAAAGCUACCCACCAACAGCAAGUAGCAUUUGUAAGAAACUUCCCUCUAGGAACGCGAAACUGUUACAAAUUAAACGUUACAAUAGCUACCAAGUAUUUGAUCAGAGCCACUUUUCUGUAUGGAAAUUAUGAUGGCCAAAAUAAGCUGCCGAAAUUUGAUAUGCACUUGGGACCUAAUUUCUGGGUUACAGUGAGUUUCAGCUCAGUAAGUUUAAGUAUCAUGAAGGAGCCCAUUCAUAUUACCUCCCAUUCGCAACACCAUCUACAGAUUUGUUUUGUAAACACCAAUUCUGGGAUACCUUUUAUUAAUGCAUUAGAAUUGAGACCUCUCCAAAAUUAUACUUAUGUUACCUCGACUGGGUCAUUGGCACUUGACCGUCGCUUGGAUUUUGGUUCAACCACCAAUCAAUCAUAUAGGUAUCCGUACGACAUUUAUGAUCGCCUCUGGACUCCCUGUACACAGAAAAAAGACUGGACCACGGUAACAAACUCGCUUCCUGUAAAUCAAGCGGUAACUUCCACGGACUACCAGCCACCCUCAAUUGUGAUGAACACCUCUGCAACCCCAUUAAACGCCAGUGCUCCCUUGGAAUUCAAUUGGGAGCCCCAGGAUAAACGCAGCCCAUAUUAUCUGUGCUUUCACUUUGCUGAACUCCAAUUACUCCAAUCCAACCAGUCCAGAGCAUUCGAUAUCUAUCUAAAUGGGUACCUGUGGUUUCAUCCAAGACCUCUCAUUUACUUGAAGUCAGAUGUUGUAUACUCUGGGAAUACUGCAAGGGAUUCAAAUUUGAGUUUUUCAUUGGUUCGGUCAGCAAACUCAACUCUCCCACCAAUACUUAACGCCCUUGAGGCUUACACGAUCAUAGAAUUCUCCCAACCAGAAACACACCAAGAUGAUGUGGACGCCAUCACCAAAAUAAAGUCAAGUUACAGAGUAAGUAGAAACUGGCAAGGAGAUCCAUGUGCUCCCGUAGAACUCUUAUGGUCAGGUCUAAAUUGCAACUACGAAGAUUUUGAUAUCCCUAGAAUCAUAUCCUUGAACUUGUCAUCAAGCGGUUUGACGCGUGAGAUAUCCUUCUAUAUAUCCAAUCUCACCAUGUUAAAAUCAUUGGAUUUAUCAAACAAUAGCUUAACUGGAUCAGUUCCUGAUUUUCUAUCUCAAUUGGAAAAACUGAGUGUCCUAAAUUUGAAAGGAAACAUGCUCAGUGGCUCAGUUCCAGCUGCACUCAUUCGGAAGUCAAACAACGGUUUUCUAUCAUUGAGCAUCGAAGAAAAUCAAGAUCCCUGCACAUCCCUUUCAUGCAAAAAGAAGAAUAAUAUGCUCAUUCCGAUAGUAUCAUCAAUUGGUUCACUGGUCGUUCUAUUAAAUGUAGCAGCUAUCUUCGUGGUCCUCCAAAGAAUAAAGCAAGACAGUAAUAAUUUUCUCAUUAAUUUAAGCCUUGGAAUUGGCAAAAUAAAAAAUUCCCAUAAUAAUAUGAUUAUGAAACCUAUGGUUCUAUUAGCAGAUGUAACACUAGGUGCUCGAUCAACUGUCGGAACUACUUCACUGGAGCCUAAAAACCGUCAAUUUACUUACGCUGAGGUCUUACAAAUUACAAAUAACUUUGAGAGAACUCUUGGUAAAGGCGGAUUUGGAACAGUUUACCAUGGCCUAAUAGAGGGCACUGAAGUAGCUGUAAAGAUGCUUUCCUCCUCAUCAGUUCAGGGUUAUAAACAAUUUCAAGCAGAGGUUAAGCUUCUAAUGAGAGUUUAUCAUGGAAACUUGACAAGCCUUGUUGGUUACUGCAAUGAAGGAACCAAGAUGGCUCUUAUCUAUGAGUACAUGGCCAAUGGAAGUCUUGAGUCUUAUCUUUAUGCAGAUGGAAGCGAAAAUGUUUUAAGUUGGCAAGGAAGACUUCAAGUAGCCCUGGACGCAGCACAAGGAUUGGAGUAUCUGCACAGUGGUUGUAAGCCACCUAUAGUUCACAGAGAUGUGAAGACCUCAAAUAUAUUAUUAGCUCGGAAUUUUCAAGCCAAACUAGCUGAUUUUGGGCUAUCCAAAACUUUCCCAACAGAUAGUGGCACUCAUGUGUCUACAGCUAUUGCCGGCACCCCUGGUUACCUUGACCCAGAGUACUACAAAACAAAUAGGUUAAAUGAGAAAAGCGAUGUUUACAGUUUUGGAGUAGUUCUCCUGCAAAUAAUCACAAGCCAACCUGCCAUAAGUAGAAGCGAGGAGAGGACUCACAUAAGCCAAUGGGUUAGUGAUAUGGCUGCUGAUGGGGAUAUUAGAAGUGUGGUGGAGCCACAGUUGCAGGGAGAUUUCGAAGUUAAUUCAGUGUGGAAAGCUGUUGAAAUAGCAAUGGCUUGUGUAUCUCCAACAUCAUCUCAAAGGCCAAAUAUGAACCAAGUGGUGAUUGAAAUAAAAGAUUGUCUAGCAAUGGAGUUAGCUCGAAAGAACCGCAAACCUCUGACCCAUUUGGCAGCUGAAUCCAGUGAAAUGUUUUAUAUAGCAUCUUCUGCUGAACUGAUCAAUCCCUUGGCAAGAUAGUAGUCUAUAUAUUAUAAUGAUGCUACUCCUUUUAGAGGUUAAAUAUUUUUCCAUGUUUUUAAAUAUACUAAAGCCUUUGUUUUC